AUGGGUGAAUUUUUGGCCAUUUCUCAGUCCUCCAUAGUGUUGCCUAACUUUCGAGUCCAAGCUUGGAGUCAAAGGCAGCUUUUCAUUGCUCAUAGUCAGCCAUUGAGGUCACUUCAUUCAUCUCUUCAUACCUUGACUACCUCUCGCACAGUGUAUCCAGGCUUGUCUGCUGGAUCGAAGCAUUUCUCUUUGGGGGUCAGAGCCAGUGUUGUCUCUGCUGACUCUACAAUGCCAACUACCUUUACUGUUGAUCCAGCUGGGCCAGGAAUCGAUAUUCUGCCAGAGGCAGGUGGUGGUGGUGGAAGUGAUUCUGGGGGUACAAAUGAUGACAGUGGGGGUAGGGGAGAUGGUGGUGGAAAUAAUAAUGAUGGUGGCAAUGAGGGGGGUUCAGAUGAAGGUGAGGAUCAUAACAGUAAAAAGAAAAUGGCCCUCUCUAUGUCCCAAAAAUUGACAUUGGGAUAUGCUUUCUUGGUUGGAGCUGGUGGUUUUAUGGGUUAUCUUAAGAGUGGCAGCACAAAAUCCCUGAUUGCAGGUGGAGUUUCUGCCUCCCUCCUGUACGCUGUUUAUACUAUGCUUCCAACACAACCUGUUUUGGCAUCAGCAAUUGGUUUCGGCCUCUCAGCUGGACUUCUUGGAGUAAUGGGAUCUCGUUUUCUGAAAUCAAAGAAGGUUUUUCCAGCUGGUGUUGUCUCCUUUGUGUCUUUUAUUAUGACUGGUGGUUAUUUGCAUGGAAUAUUGCGCAGUGCGCAUUAGAUUCCCUAAAAUGAGCCAAGUAUUUGUCAACACAGAUAAUCAUUAGUAUCUACUCUCUUCUGUGGAUUUUAGUUUUGAUAUCUGUUUGAAUUUGGAUUUUGUCAAGUUUUCUAAGUUGUUGAGCUGCUAGAACUCUCUAGUAAAACACUUUUAUUGUAUCAAGGGCACCUUUGUUUACCCUCUUUCUCCGUAGUGAAUUCAUUCUGUUUUUGGAGAA